UAUGCAGCAUUUCUGGGCAUUUUAUUCCUCAUGGAGCUAGCUGGAGCAGCCUAUGUGUUGGACAACGGAAUCGAGUACUCCAAAUUUUCAGACUGGUCGAAAGGUCGCUUUACGCAGUUGAUCAUGAAGUAUGACGAUGAACACAGAUCUCGCAGGAUCAUGAACAUGAUCCAGGAAUUUAUUGGUUGCUGCGGAUCGAAAGGCCCAAUGGACUACGAUCGGAUGGGCAAAGAAAUUCCUCAUGAGUGUAGGAACAAAGUUACUGGAAACGUCUAUAAAGAUGGGUGCUCAGAAGUCUUUGCCUGGUACAUGGAAACCAAGUCCGGAUGGAUUGCCGGCAUCGCUUUGACACUUUGUCUCCUGCAGCUAUUCGGUUUGGCGUUCGGGAUUUGCUUGUGCAGAGCACUUCAGCGAGAAAAGCGGAUUUUUGAGCAGCGAGGCUACUGAGACAUUUCGUGGAUGUCACACAUUUUCCGGCCAUUUUUAAAGAAAGGAAAUUCGGAAAAAUGAGACGGGAAUAUUCUGUUUUUGAACGUUUUCAUGCAAAAAGGAUGUUUGUACGUGUUCCAACGCUUUUCUUCUGCACCUGUUGAAAAAGUGAUUAAUGGAGGUUUAUUAAAUAAGAUCGAAGGA